GCCCUCAUACCAUUGACCAUUCACAGGGAGAAGGUGAAUCCAGCGUCUGGGGAACUUCUCUGUCUGUCUGCUGGCAACCUGAUCGACUAGCAUCACCAACGCCCAUAAAGUAGCAAUAUACAGGAAAUAAACCUAGCUUCUAGAAGAAGAGCCGUUUUUUCCGUUACAUCCGACAGGCUCAUUGUUGCAGUGCAGUGGUCGUGAUUUUGGAGUGGAGCCUUUUGUAUAACGUUAUCAGUUAUAGUUCUCUGAUGUAUAACAUCAACUGUAUAAGUUAGCGGCUUUAUUACUGUGCAGCUUGCUCUCCCGCAUUUGGACUGAUACAACGUUGACUUCGACUGUUUGACUCCUGUCUAACGUUAUACGAAAAAUGGCAACCCAAAUCGAUAAAGAGGCUUGCAGAGAGGCUUACAACCAAGUCAGAGACGAUAACACCGACACCAAUUGGGCUGUGUUUAAGUAUGAGGGCUCUAUGAUCCUGCCUGGAGGACAAGGGACGGACUAUGAGGACUUCAAGAGGAUGUGCACAGAUGACGCUCGUCUGUUCGCCUUUGUCCGAAUCACGAUGGGAGACACCAUGAGCAAACGGGCCAAGUUCACUCUCAUCACCUGGAUCGGUGAGAACAUCAGCGGGCUGCAGCGCGCCAAGAUCAGCACCGACAAGGCGCUGGUCAAAGAGAUUGUGCAGAACUUUGCUAAGGAGUUCAUGUUCAGUGACCCGAGGGAACUGGAUGCGGACAACAUUCGCACAGAGCUGAAGAAGGCUGGUGGAGCCAACUAUGACGCUCAGGCCGAGUAGAAAAGUGCCAUGGUCCACUGGAAGG